GACUUUCGCCUGCAUAAGACCUCUACAUAAAGGACUUACUAUCACCAUUUUUUCUAAGUGAGAGCUAGUAGCAACACAUCUUGUUCAAACAGACAGGAUGGCCUCCUCCUCUUCGUCCGGCACUUGGCGUGGGCCGCAGAAGUCACACACACCACCCUCACGAACUUCAGCACCGUCGCAAUUGUCGAUCAUCCCUUCACGGGAUAAGAGCACGGAUGACAAACUACUUAAGGGUAGGUUAAAGGUGCUUUUCUUACCGCUUUCUAUGCCCCUCUCCCUUAGGAUGAGAAAGGCAUAAAAAGCGGGGUAAGCAAUCACCAAAAACCUACCUCUAAACUGCGGGUGAUGUCCGACACUUACUGCAAAUCCAGUGUGCUGGAAGAACUCACGUUCCACGACUCUUCUGAGCACUUCUUCUAUCCGGAAGCGGAUGCUGGAGUCGAUAAUUCGACGUCGGAGAAAGAAGAUGUUGGCGGAAUAACGUUUGGCAGUGUUGGUGGGGAUAGUUGUGUUUCGAGUAUGGGAGCGAAGACGGGACAAUCUGCUUCUUGGAGAGAAGUUGUGGAGGUAGGUGGUGGUAGUGGAGGGCAGGGUGGUGGUAAUUCUGGUGCUCUUGUUUACCAAGGACAUCACUUGGGCAGGAUACCGACUACAACGUCUAUUAACAAUCAUGACAGGAAGGACAAUGAUGUUGGCGCGUCACCGUCAGAAAAACAAGACCAAAAUGCCGGAGGCGGCUCUCUUUUAUGGAUGAUGUUUUUCCAUCUUUCAGACCAUCGACGCUGCACCUUUCCCGCUUAAGACUGUAAAUAGGUUAAGGGGGGCCUCGAUGGUCUGGCUGGAUGGAGUAUGGACGCCAUUCAUAUCUUUCAGCCAAAGAUGUCGCAUCACCAGCGAAUCUUCACUUCCUCAGAAGUGCUUUCCGAAUGAGCCGAUCUUUUUCCUUCAGCACGGGUCGUGGCAGUCCGUUUUUCUGGCGUGAGCACCUUGUUCUGGGAGUCGCAGCCGUCUUCGUGGGUGGGCUGUUCCACUUGACGCCUUUUUUCGUACUCCUCUUCUACCUCCAGCGAGAUCUGGAGAAGAAAUAUCGUGCAGACGUAGGCGAAUUUGAUGGGGCAGUAGUAUCUUCGGAUGAUGCGGACGAGGACUAUAAUUACCAGGGUUCUUGUUCUGCUGGGAGUGGUGCUGGUGCUGGUGCUGCUGCUGCUGCUGGUGCAGACCACAUGAACUACAACAAUGAUCAAAGUCUAGUAAAAACAUCUCCUCUGCACAAUUUGGUGCAAAAUCAUAGACCCACGAUAGUGAAUGCCUAUACGGUGGUAACAGAUGAGCGGAUGAACGCGGUUUCUAGCUCCUCUACUAGGGCAGAAAACUACAGAGUCAGUAGUCCAUCAGGAGCUAGAAACGUCACAAGUACUACUACUAAGACCCUGAAAUUUGCCGAGAUAGGAGAAACAACAGAUGUCGAAGUUGAUUUGGAUUUGCAAGAUCCUUUGAAGCACCAUCAACAGAGGUACCAAGCGGCAUCUCCCCAGUAUCCUCAGGCAUCUCCACAGUAUCCUCAGGCAUCUCCACAGUAUCCACAGGCAUCUCCACAGUAUCCACAGGCAUCUCCACAGCAGUCAUCGCUUAGUCUUAGGCCAACAUCCCCAGAUUUCUUAUCAGCAACCUCAUCAAAGUUGUCUGCUUCCCAAGUGGUCCUACAACAACACGGUGGGGCGGUUGGUCUUCCUUUGUCGAUUAAACAGCCUCUAGGAGUUGGUCCACGCGCAGCAUUGGGUGGAGGCUCAAUGUCCUUCAUGCGUGGCGUUUCAGGGGAUUUUUCCGACGCCUCUUACAAUCCUGAUAGCCCAGUGUUGAGGCGGAAACGACGAGUCCUGUUGAGAACCUGGAACGCUUUGCUGUGUAUGUCGGUUUUGCAUGGUUUAGCAAUAUUCGCUUAUGCGGUUUUGGUGAUGAUGGGGAGUCAACGAACGGCGUCAGAAGCAGCUUUUCCUUUGGUUGUGCGGUCGUUGAACGGUGGACACUUUGCAGGAGAGAAGGGGAUGACGUUGGGAAGUGUUAUGAAGAGAACAAGGGAGUUUACAAACAUUUGCUUCUUGAAAUAGAAGCUGCUCCUCAAAACAUACAGAGUCGUCUAGGAACCACAACCUCCUAGACCGCCUCCUCUAAUCCUAGGACCCAUGCCUCUACAAUAGUAGAAGCCGCAAACGGACAAACACCAUUGUCGGUUGAAUACGGCUUUUUUGAUGAGCGAUGGUGGGCACCAGAAGCACAGUCGAGUUUUGGCUUCGACAAGCGAGGAGGAAAUUUGUAUUUUCCGUGUGCUGGUAGUGCGGGGAAUAGCGGAGAAAACUGUUGCCUAGCGAGCUCUUUCUCCGCAGCGUCGUCGCCUGUCCGAGUAGAGCCAUGCGCAUCAGGGAAUCAAGACCAGCUGUGGGGAUUCAUAGACGGCGCAAAAGCCUUCUUUCGCUUGGACUUUUCGGGUGUCAAUGGCGGAGUCAUUUCCGACGGAGCUUAUCUAGCUCUGGCUGCAGAUGGUGCAGGCUCGUCACCGCGGCUGCUGUUAGCUGAUACGGGCAAUACUCAGCGAAUAGGAGUGGUGGGAGCGGAGGUAGUCUUCGUACUAGAAUAAUAGAAGAAAGCAAAGAACAACCUUUUUUCCCUGCUGUAUGCGUUGUUUCAUUUGCAGCGCAUAUUUUUUCAUGCAUACUCGGUCGACAAGCAAACACUCUUCUCCACCAUCAUCACUCAGAUCUCUUCCUCCACCGACCCCGCCGCUAUCGGGUUCGGCCUCUACCUGUUAUGCUCUGCUAGCGCUGCACUAGCCUUUGCAUGGCGAUUAUUGGCGCAGAAAAACACUCUACGAGGCUGGUUCCGAGAGCGUGGUGCCGGCAGUCCUCUGCGGUCUAGACGUACGUGGAGACAAGACCGGAUUUUGAAGAAGGUCACUACUCCAGCUUGGCGUGGAGGGAUCGGGUUCGGCUUCAAGCAACACCAGCAGAUUCGAGGUGGCGGUGGGUUUAGUAAAAUCUAG